CAGUCAUUGAAGAGGAUUUGUGCAGUAUAGAUGAAAUUCAAUACGCCAAUUAUAUGGUGCUCGGCAAAUUAAUCGGUCAUUGCAAAUUUUUUGGUACCUGUUUUCUUGCAACUAAGGGACUAGAGACGAGUGAUACUCAUUAUUUUAUUUAUGAACGCUUGUUCUCUAGCUAACUCUUGAGGGAUGACAUAUACAAAUCAGUCGACCAUGUUUCCCUGUUUGUUAUCUCAUAUAACGUCGGUCAAUGUCCAUUGAUGGCUUGGCGGCAAACUGUGUUUUAAAUUCCUUAAAGUGGUAUAACUAUGGGAAACGGCAACACAACACCAGUAGGAACUGUUCGGAGAGUGAUACAAGCAAAUAAGAAGUUUAGAGCGAAACUUGAAUUGUGGGAGAAUGACCGCAACCAACGGGAACCGUGGAAAUCGAUUCUCCAAAACGGUCCUUCCGUUGUUUACGAGAAACGGAAACAAGUGAUACAAGCACAAGACGAGAGAUCGAUAAACGAUUUUAACUCUCUUCUAGAAGGAAAAGUUCUCUCAGAUUCAGCAUGGACUCUGCCGACGAAGGAAAUUGCCGUGUUUUUGAGCUCGACGUUCACGGAUAUGUCAGUGGAGAGAGAUUUACUGAUGGAGGAUGUUUAUCCGUAUCUACGCGAAUUUUGUCGACGGCUUGGUUAUAAUUUUAGUGUGGCUGACAUGAGGUGGGGAGUGCGGGACGAAAUGACAGACGAACAUCAAGCAGUGGACAUCUGCGUGACGGAAGUACAGCGAUGCAAGUUAGUAUAUCAUUCUAUCAUUAAGUAGCAAUCCUGUCAAGAUAGAUGUCCUCGGAGUUUUAAUGAAGGAUCAUUAAGAAACAAGUAGUUCAUGUUAGGCUCCAUGAGUCGGACUUGCCUACAGAAGGUAUACGGAAGGGGUACCUUUUCUCUGAAAAAUGACAUAUAUAAGGUAAAAGGUUGAACCUCGUGGUUGUUGGCACCCCCGGACGUCCGAGCUUUUAACAAAAGCAUUGGUCUAUUUAUAACGACGAAAUUCUUUAUAGAAAUUUCUGACAUUUUGCAGAUGCAACCUUAAAGUGAUCUAACUGUAGACCAACCGAUUUCAAUUUGCAAUGAGAUCGCCCCAUGUAAGGACUCCAAGACAGUCAUGUAUUCUGGAUUCCACGCCGUGGAUUCCGGAUUACAAGUACUAGAUUCCAGUCUUUGUCAGUGGGAUACUGGGAUACUGGUCGAUACUGGAUUCUAUAUAAUCGUUAGUGGGAUUCCGGAUUCCAAAGGCCAGGAUCCCGGGAUUCCACUGGCAAAAUUUCCCGGUUUCAGGAAUCCCGAUUCCCUAACAUGGGGCAAAAGAGAUGUUUAGCCACGAACUGUGGCAUACACACUGGUUAUGACCCCCUGAACGUGACUUAAGAAUAAAAUCUCUGAAGCGAUCGAUCCCGGAGAGGUAAAACUAUAAGAGGGAACCGUCUUUUUGGCUGUACUGAAAAUAAUAUGCUACCUGUCUCCAACCUUGUCCACCCAAAAAAAAAAAAAAAUAAAUAAAUAAAUAAAUAGAUAAACGGAAACAAGUGCUACAAGAGUGUGUCUCAAAUAUAGUUUUCAGAUGAUGAACCCCAUUUUAUGUAGCGUGCGAUGCUGUCCAUUUCAAGUGUCGUGUUAGGGGAGCCGCGCGAGAUAGCGUCAUCUUCAUCCUUUCACGUACUGCGCUUGACUCUCUUGGUAACGAGGAUCCAAAUGGAGAGCUUGCUCGCAGGCUAUAUCUAAUUUUGUCCGAGUCCUGUUGAUAUCCAUAUAAUUAUUUGUCAGAAAUGAGUCCGUUGGACCGUAUAUGGUUUGCAUUAUUGGCGACAAGUACGGCUUCAGACCAGUUCCUGUUACAAUGGAUAAAAACAUCUUUGAAAUGCUGUUGGGAAGCGUCAAGAGUAAUCCUGGGGGCAAACGCGCUGCCGAGCUUCUUGUUCAAUGGUACAAACUAGAUGAAAACAGUAUACCGGCAGCUUAUGUCCUACAGCCAGUGUCAAAGUUUUAUCCGCAUGCGUAUAAACACCACGCAAACGAUGCUGAUGAAAAGAAAGAAAAAGAGGAAAGGCAGCAAUGGUGGCAAACACUGGAAACAAUGGCAGAAGCUCUGAGGAAGGCUGCGAGUCAGAUCGAUUUUACAGCUUUUCCUUUAAGCGAGAUGACCGAGGAGGACUUCAAGAUUUCUGUGACCGAGACGGAGAUAACAACUGGAAUGAACGGAGAGGGUGUAGACCCAAAAUACAUGAUUUUAUUUAUUCGGUCCCUUAAAGAACUACAUGAAAUGGACCUCAAUAACAAUAAAUUUACAAAGCGUUUUGUAGACAAGGGAAAUGCAAGUGAAGCAGUUAGUACAAAAACUUUGUUGCAGAGUCUCAAAAGUAAAUGCCAAGAGGUAAUACCUGAAGACAAUAUAUGUAGGUUAGUGAUCAUAGUAAAAUUAACCAUGAUUUUGCAAUUUUUUUUGAGCCACGGUACUUUUUAACUUGUAAAGAAUGGUUCAAAUUGCCCGCUGCUACAAUCAUGGACAAAAGUCCUUGGGACAGUCAGAACGUAACUUCAAUUUUAUACGUUUAGCAAGUUAUGUCGCAAAAGCAGUGCUGCCUUUUUACAAAUCCAUGUCCCCUCGCCUCUCCCCACCCAAAACAAUGUUGAAAGAGCAAAGGAAUUGUGCUUUGACUUGCUUUGAAUUGUGCAUGCUUUGAAUUGUGCUCUGUGGGGUGGGGGAAGGGGAUAGGGACGUACAGUGUUAGCAGCGCCCGGAUACAAUUUCGCGUGUGUUAAAAAGCGUUCGAACUGUACAACUGUCCCAAGAAUUUUCUCCAUGAUUGUAGUAGAGGUCUCUCAUGAGGGGCGAGACGUACCGAAAAAUGAGAGUGACUGUGUUUGAUGGAUUAAAGUCAGAAAAAAAAAUUCCGGAAAACCUGGUUGGAAAGUAAAUGGAACACGACUUUUUGGGUCAAUCCAGCGGAAAAUUUCCUGGAGCAAAGGAACGUCUGAAAAGAUAGUUCUGUUUUUCUGGACGGAAUGUUUCAAAAGGUAAUUCGUGUUCCAUUUCUUUUAAGCCAUGUUACCAGUUUAUGCCUUCGCUGCAAUGGUAAGCAUGCAACACUCUUUUCUCUCGCCUUGGUUGAGGUGACCUAUUCUAUUGUAGCAAGGAUCGGGUUCAAAAGUCCGACCUCACAUGUCAAAUACCUAAUGCAUGCCUGUUGGUCACGUUGUUUUCGCUCAUUAAGCCCCUGUGCAAACGGACGCAACAUUGUCGGAUGUUAAGUGUUGUGUUCGUUUAAUUUGCACACCCUGUUGCAUGUUGUUGCACAAAGUUUGGAACCGGUCACACUUUUAGCUACGCGUACGUACAAACGGACGCAACAACUCCCAACAUUGUUGGGGGUUGUUGCGUCCGUUUGCACGUGGGGGUUUAGGAUGCGUUUUGUCACAUGCAAGUAACAAGCUAAACUGAGUCGAAGUAUGAAUAUGACAUAAUAAGAGCACUAUGAUCUUGCAUCGGGAAAACUUCAUUAACGUUUACGUGAAAAAUUCAUUGAAUGUACGAUUUUAAAUGAAAAUGACUUAGAAUUAGAAUUGAUAUUUUAAGAGUCAUUUUAUAACAAGAUCGAAGUUCAUUUUAUAUAUUUUGUGAACUCAGAUAUAGCCUCGAGUUUCAGCUUACCCAGGAUGGUCAUAUUAACCCGUUCAAGAACAAAGAGGAAAUAAAGAAUUUUUGCGAUCAAUUCUGCCAGAAAAUGAUUGAUGGCAUUCAAGAAGGUAAAGUAUUGUCUUGUUUCUUAGUUUAUAUACCUAUAAUAACCAGAAAAAAAUGGUGGUAGUUUUUGUUUUACAAAAGUUGCCAGCGAGAGUCAGUCAUAUCACACUGGUCAUUAAAAAGCUGGAUUGGCGCGAAAACGUUCAUUUUUCUUUACAAUUUGCUUACAUUAAGUAAAAGCAAUCAUUCUCUCUUGGUAAGAGAAACCGUUCAAUUCCAAACACCAUAUAAUUUUCCAAAAAAAAAAAGACCAGUGGGGCUCUAAAAGAGAUAGAACAAAUUCAACAGCAAACUCUCAGGACACAGGUAAAUUAAAAUUCAAAAUUUAAGCUAAGCUAAUUGAUUUUUUUUAACUCCUUCCAAAAUCAAGUUUUGUCUUGUGGCAAUAAUUUUUCUAGUUUGAAAGAAAUGGUUAGUUGUAAAGUUGUGAAAGUUUGGAUAGGAUAUUGUCUUUUAUCAAGAAAUAGCUUAAAAGGCCGCUACGCAAUCGCCUAAUUCUAAUGUGUCAGCCAUAGUAAUCCAAUACCUGGAAGGGUUUUAACAGUCUGUGUCAUGAUUUUCUGGUUCAUUUUGUUGAUAAUGCCAAUUACACGUCCUUAAUCGCUAUCGAACUUGAGAAAUUACUUGGGAAUGGCAAAAUAGACCUGUGCAGCCGGUGUUUUAUUCAGUCUCUCAUGAUUAGUUUGAGCACAACUAUCGCAACCAAAUGCGCCAUCUUACUUCUCGGUUUUGAUCAUCAACUCGGAGGCAACUCUUGUUUCUAGCCCCCCUUGAUCACCUCCUUUCGCUUUCCCAACAGUCACGGGCUGCUAUCCUCACUUUGUCCCUUUGCCAAAUCUAAAUGACUAAAUUCGAGAGCAGGACGAAUGGAGGACCGAUAUCGGAGCCGCCAUUUAUUACACAUGCACGAAUAGAAAAUGUACUUCUCCAUCGGAAUCUAUUCGUGUCCAAUGGAUCCUACCCCCAUGGCCACCUCCGAGAAAUAAUAUAAAGUCUGAGGAACGAGACCGUGCUCACAAAGCCGUCAUGCUAGCCUGCGAGCAAGCUCUCCUAUUUCGGCGAGCGAGGCGAGUCUCGCGAGAACGCACGAGAGAGCGGCGAAGCCGCGAGGGGCGGAGGAAAGGCCCCCCCGCUGGCGCGUUAUCGCGAGACUCGCUUCGCUCGCCCAAAUAGGACAGCUUGCUCGCAGGCUACGUCAUACCACUUGUGGCGUCGCGAAAUGAUGGCUGUUUACUCACGCCAACCCUUACGCAGUUACCUCACGGUGCUUAGCUUUUGUUCAAGGCUAUCUUGCAAGGGAAUCCAAAGGUUUAAAUAGAGAUUUGGUCUCUCACAUGCGCUUGUUUCAUUUAAAGCUGUUGCCAAUCAUCAGAUAAUUGAUGACCCUUUAUAUGUCGAAGUUCUUCACCAUACAAUGGUCACAAAGAAGAGAACAGAAGCAUUUGUAGGCAGAAAGCAACUAUUACAAAAGGUAAUACGGGCAUUUCAAAUAGGACCAAUAUUAAGUAAUUUAAUUGGGACACGAUUUUUGCUUUGUAGGAAGUUUUCAGAUCACCAAGAACCAGAGUACACAGCUGUAAACAGAGAUAUUAAGUUAAAAUUUUAGGUAACUAGGGGAAGGAUUUUCUGGGAAAGAAUAUGGACCUCAAAAAACUUAGAUUCAAACCUGGGGUUGAAGUUACCAAUAGAGAUUUCAAGAAAAGCAACGGAAACGUGGAAGUUUGUUGUUUCGCAGCUUGAUGCCGGAACGAUUUUGUCUUACACAAGGACUUUUAACUACGAAAGGUAGAGAGAGGGGUACCACCUGUAAUGGCCAAUACGGGGAGGCCCCGGAGGGGUGGGGGUGGUGGUGGGUUCCAUUUUCAAGCUUCAGGAGUAAUACAAGGGUAGGGAUCUCACUAAAUGAAGUAUGCGAACGAAAGGGUAGGGAAAUCUGUCAUUUUAGUGUGUUAAAGGACCUAAAGGGCUACGAGACGCAUUUUAUGGAUGUGAAAAAGCCAAGACAACUUCUUGGUUUCUUGAUUUAUUCAUAUGUAUAGGACAAUACAUUUAAAGCAGCGUUUAAGUUCUAAACUAGGCAUUUGAAAGGAGUACCAUAUUUUCGCAAUGGAAGAUACACAAAAGGGGAACCUUUUCUGUCCAAAAAAAUGGUUGGAUAAACGGGUAAGGAGUUGGACCUGGGACGGAACCUCUCUGAGAGUGAAACUUUUGUUACCUUCCCUUCCCCUCUCCCGGAAUGAAGAAAAAGAAAAAAAAACUUUCGGCUCCAUCAAUGCUUAAAAAGCUGCUCCUUGAGUAAAUAUACAUAAACUGCGACAAAAAUAAAAAAUGAGUUUUCGUCUAAGUGUUGUGUUAAAAAAAGCGUAUUAAUUGUAUUUCACGAACUAUCUUACUUCUUUUUAUGAAUGCACUUUUUAGAUUGAGCACUACCUCAGACUGGAUAAUGGUGGAAAGGUAACCAGUUAUUUGUGUCUGUGUUCAAUCCAACAAAUAAUACCAAAAAAACUUUCACGUCAAAUGAAAAGUAUUUAUUAAACGCAAAAUCGAAACAAACGCUGAAAUGCCAAACAAUCAUGCUCUUUUGUUUUGUGCUCCUAUUCCUUAAUCUUCUAAAGUAGACAGUGACUGAAAUGUUUUCAGGCUAGUUUAAUUUUGGCCCAAAAUUAUUUUUGGAGCUUAGACCACACCUCAGUAUUUAUAAAAAGUCACCGUCUUAAUUAGCAAGUAAGAAAUCAAUGAUAACGUCUCUUCAUUUUAAUUUCGCAAUAUUUUAAUCUCUGGAAACGUACAGUGUAAACGUACGAUUUAAUUCGGAGUCAGUGACCCCAUUAUUAUGAUAAUUAAUAUCUGAUUUUUUCACCAGCCUUUUAUCGUCUAUGGCGUAUCAGGCUGUGGUAAAACUUCUAUCCUGGCCAAAGCUUUUACUGCGUCUCUUGAAACCUGGAAUGGAGUCUACACAGGAAGGUAAGCUUGGCAACUUCAAUAUAAAAUCUUUUACGAUGAAACUGUGAAAGAUAAGUCUGAAAUUAUUGCUUAAAAUUUAUAUUUGAAAACUAUUAUAGGGAAGGGAGAGGCAACCUGUUACGGACUUUCUGACAUGCGUACUUUGGUCUUUAUUCGCCAUAUGCUUUGUGCAGUCACGUUACUAUCGCAACCCUCCCUUUUCCGUCACUAUGGUAGCAUGUUACUCUUCUACUUUCAGUAAAUUUGUCUACAUUGCAUCAGUUUGGCUAAUGUUAUUGAAUGAAAGGGGCCAUAGGAGCUGCCCCUACCUGUUUACCCUAAACUUGCCUGUCUCCUCCAAGCAGAGGGCCCAGCUUAAAAGAAAAAUGAUUAAGAGGGACACCCCUGCCGGCCUCCCAUGCUUUUUCCAUCUCUCUUGCACUGCGCUCUCCUCAACAGCGUGCAGAACCGGUUUGCGCGGUAUAGCAACUGUGACUUCAGAAAUUUCCAGCUUGCAGUCUCCACAGGGCAUACGUAUUCCGCAUUACUUAAAUGAGCCGGUUUUUAAACAUUAGUUAGUUUCGAUCCCAAAUGUGGUCAGCGGCUACAUGAAAGAACGCGGUAGGUACUUCAUAUAUGAUUAUUAUUAUGUACCUAAACAACCUAUUAUUAUUGUACUUUAUACAACACCAUAUAUACCCCUAAUCAACCCCAUAUACUCCUAUACAUCACCAUAUACCCCUAUACAACACCAUAUACCCCUAUAUACCCCUACACAACACCAUAUACCCCCAUAUACCCCUAUACAUCACCCUAUACCCCUAUACAACACAGUAUACCCCUAUAUACCCCUAUACAACACCAUAUACCCCCAUAUACCCCUAUACAACACCAUACACCCCCAUACAUAACCAUACACCACCUAUACAUCACCAUACACCCCCAUACAACACAAUAUACCCCCAUAUACCCCUAUACAACACCAUACAGAACCAUACACCCCUACACAUCACCAUACACCCCUACACUUCACCAUACAUCCCUAUACAUCACCAUACACUACUAUACAUCACCAUACACCCCUACACAUAACCAUACACCCCUAUACAUCACCAUACAUCCCUAUACAUCACCAUACACCCCUAUACAUCACCAUACACCCCUAUACAUCACCAUACACCUCCAUACAAAACCAAACACCCAUAUACAUCACCAUACACCCCUAUACAUCUCCAUACACCUCCAUACAUAACUAUACACCCUUAUACAUCACCAUACAUCCCUAUACAUUCCCAUACACUACUAUACAUCACCAUACACCCAUAUACAUCAACAUACACCCCUAUACAUCACCAUAUACCCCUAUACAUCACCAUACACCCCCAUACAUAACCAUGCACCCCUUUACAUCACCAUACAUCCCUAUACAUCACCAUACAUCCCUAUACAUCACCAUACACCUCUAUACAUCACCAUACAUUCCUAUACAUUCCCAUACACUACUAUACAUCACCAUACACCCCUAUACAUCACCAUACAUCCCUAUACAUCACCAUACACCCCCAUAAAAAACCAUACACCCCUAUACAUCACCAUACACCCCUAUACAUCUCCAUACACCUCCAUACAUAACCAUACACCCUUAUACAUCACCAUACAUCCCUAUACAUUCCCAUACACUACUAUACAUCACCAUACACCCCUACCUGCCUGGUGUGUUUUUAUUUCACUGCCACUCCUGUCGCAGAAGUCUGAUAAAAAGAUAAAUCGAUCUGUUGGUUAUAUUUAUCGAGGUUGUAUUCUAUUGAACCAUUUUUUGCAAAACAGAUUAAUAUCGAACGUCUGCAUGGCAAAAAGCGAAACACAGAUCUACUAUGUAGUAUCGCGCCUAAAACACACUAAUAUCUUUUACUGAUUCAGUGCCGGAUCCAGACCUUGCCUAAUUAGAACUGCUAGCCCAGUUAGGACCACUAUUUUUUUAAUAAUUAGCCUGUUAUUUGAAUCUUUAGGCCAAUCCAUCUUAUAAGAUUUAUUGGAACAUCACCCUCUUCGUCAAAUGUGAGGUCUCUGCUCAUUAGCCUUUGUCAGCAGGUAGGUUUGUGCCGCGACUAGUAGACUAUAGAUAGUAUUCUUUCAAUGGCUUGGAAGUGAAGCAGCUAUACAUAUUCAGCGGUCUCACAAGGGAGAGAGCAACACCAACUGAUUUGCACUGGUUCAAUUACUAUUUCUCAGCCAGCAUCCAAAUUAAGUGUACCGCUCAUAGUUCUCCUCUUUACCCCUAAGUAUUUCACUUAUAUUAAGAAUUUGCCUCGUGCCACUCUCCGAUCAACGCGAAAUCACUCAAACAUUUCUUAUCUUUGAACGGAAAAUUCGCGUAGGUGGUUGGUUUUUUUUUCUGUAUGUACACUGCUGGGUUAUUAUUAGGGUAUAGCUAGGGUAAACAGCACAUUUGCUUGAAACUCACUUCGUUUGGCAACCAAGAACAAGCAGACAAACAAACAAAAUAUGAGGCAUUUAUAGGCAAGGCAAACUAUCGCAGAAGUCUAAUUAAAUGCAAGUUACCCCAUAUCUUAUUCCUAUUUCUUCAACCAUUUUCUCUUUAUAUUUUAUAUCUUUGUAGCUGUGUCUCGUGUUUAAAGAUACAUCGACAUUGAUCAGUGACAACUAUGAUCGUCUUGUUGCCAAAUUCCGUUCACUUCUCCUGAGGGCGACACCAGAAAGACCACUUGGUAAGUUUAUUUUAAUAGGGGAGGGGAGGAAGGGUGUUAGUAUAGACUCACAGAAAAAUAACAGUAAAAGUAAUCUUGUAGUUUGAGUGCAGUUAGUGAAUCGCAGAGAAGCUAAUCUCUGUCAAGAACUCACCGAGUAUUUUCUUUUUAGUUUUGUUCCUCGACUCACUGGAUCAACUUUCUGAUCAAGAUGACGGUCGUGCACUCAGGUGGCUACCGACCAGCUUACCAAAAAAUGUGCACAUUGUAGUCAGUACUUUGCCAAUCACAGGAGGCUGCCUUGCUGUUUUGAAAACCAAACUGAAGCCAGACAACAAUGCCGACUUUUAUCUUGAGGUAUGCUUUUAUAUUAAUGGCGGACGCAGAGAAGUGUCUUACUCUGCUGCCGCAUCAAGUAAAAGUUCUUUCAUGAUUUACACUUACUUUUAAGUACAUGUUACAAAAAGAAUUGUCAGUCUACGUACCUUAACAAAUAAUGUAAAUAACCUCGAACCUGGGUACAGGCGUAGACCUUCCAUUACUUUCCGAACCAAGGGCAACUACUUUUGCUUCCCAUCCACGCAGUUGUCUACAAUUACUAAAAAAAAGUCUUGUGUCUAAAUAGGUUUCAUCUCUGGAAUCAAAUGAUGCUGAGAGCAUUCUGGACAUGAGGCUAGAAAACGCCAACAGGUACCGAGAAAUCCUAGCCGGUUACUUACUAUAAUUUAGUACUUUUGGGAUUAAAGCCUAGGAAAUAUGCUGAUAUGCAACUGUUGGCUCGUGACGCUCGCGGUUUAUAGUAUACAUUUUUUUGUUCAGGUUCAUAAAAAAAAUGUCAUGUUAAAUCAUUUCUUUUACUCUGCCUAGAAUAUUUUUUUUCUGGAGGCACUGCUUGAAAUGUUAGCCACUAACAAAGUUCUUACAGCUUGUAGAAGAACAAAUUUUUUUUUAUUUGUACCGCAGUUUACAUUGUCAGAAUUAUCAGUAAAACAACUUACAAUAUUACCUGAUUAUAUAUCUUAAUUUUAAAUUUAUAUGUUUAACUCCAGUCUACAUUUUUCUUUAUAAUUAAAACCAAUCAACCAAGUACAUGCAAUGCCGUUUGUGAUAUACACUCCCUUUCUUUUUUUAAAUUUUUAAUAUCUGACCGUAGGAGACUAACACUGGAGCAAAGGAAACAUGUCUUGGAAACGAGCACCAAGCCUACGGCGCUCUACAUGAAACUGGCUUGUGACACAGCGUUACGGUGGAAAUCGUUCACAGAGGACACACACACAAAAUUAAGGGCCACAGUCUCAGAAUUGAUCAUACAGUUGUUUGAACGGUAAGUGCUUUCUAAAGAAAAAAUAAUAAUCAAGUAAAUAGAGGUCACUUCCCAGUUUUUCAAAUAAUUGAACAUUAGAAAUAAAGCGGGAUUUACACAGUAUCUGAUGUAUCGGGCUCGUCAAUUACAGUUUUCUAUCUGUAGGGGGGCUAGCAAGUUGCAUAAACUAGUGUCCCUAACAGGGUCGUUUACUUUACAUUGCUAAAUUAUGUGAACUAGCAGGACACCCCAAGGUAUUAGAAUAUAGUACUUCUAGGUCUUCUUUUAAAUGUUUGCUUUCAAUGGAAGGGGUAUUAAUAUGAUAAGUACAAUGAAAGCCACACAAAAGGCGUUAUAUCCUACAACCAAACAAGCCUGUUAAAGCACGAAUAUUGCAAGCUAAUAUGAGCACAUUUGAUUGAAAAAGUUGCACUCUAGCUAACCGCAUUGUAUUGUCUUUUCUUCCUGCCAGCUUAAUCACAAAGCAUGGAGAACAGUUUGUCCGUCGAGCCCUUGGCUACAUCACAGCCUCCAAAACAGGACUGACGAAAUCCGAGCUAGAGGACGUGUUAUCAUGCGAUGAUAUCGUACUUGCUGAUGAGGUGUUUAAAUAUCACGUGCCUCCCAUCCGAAGGCUGCCUCCACUACUAUGGACGCGACUCAGGAAUGAUCUAGGUGAGGACAUAAAUGACCACUGUAAAAAAAGGUCUUUUCUUACAAUCAAACUAACUAACAAGCUAAGCAAAAUCAAAGAUACAAAAAAACAAACAAAUAAACAAAAAGCAAUAACAACAACCGAUCAACGGUUCACCUACGUAGUAUGCUAAAUUUGAGUCAUAGGUGCUGAAAACAGAUUUUUGUAGCCAAAUAGCGCUAAUUUUUCUCUCCUACAUUUGGAUUACUAGUAGUGUGUUUAUCGAGCGUGAGUACCAAAAAUUUCAGCACAAAGUAAACGUUCAUGGAUAAAAGGAAAAAAUAGGGUAGUUAUUAAACAAAUGAUAGUAAAAUCUAGGGACGGAUUUUGCAGGUCGGUAGGUCUAAUGUAUCCAGUGUUUUUCGCACGACAAUCUAGACUUCAUCAAAGACUUCCUUCAAAUUUAAGUGGCACAGAUCUUUUGUGUCACUGAACUCGCCUAAAGCCUCCGCCCCUUUUCCUUGCUGAGGUGGGUCAAAUACACCUAUUGUGACCAUCGUAUACUGUAUACAUUUGCAGGUGGAUACUUGGUCAAGGUAGCGGCCGAUGGUCACGUGGUCUACAAGUGGUAUCACCGACUGUUUCUAGAGGCAGCAAAGAAUUACUUUUUGAGUGACAAGCCUUUUACUGACUCGCUUCACACGGAUUUAGCAAAUUACUUUAAUGGAAGGUGAGUUAAUAAAGCUAAAGCAGAAAUUCGCAGAAAUCGCUUGAGAUAAAAACAACAACAACAACAACAACAACAACAAAACAAAACAAAACAAAAAGAAAAAAGACAGGAAAAAAAUGACUUAAACAAAUUGUCCCAGGAUAGAAAUGUUUUUGGAGUACAUGACAUCUCCUCAUGUGUUUUGAAAAGUGACUUGCGUACAACUUUUUGUUUUAAAUUAAAUAAUCAGUAUGUUAUUACUUUGUCUGUGAUGUCAGGACGUUCCCACAAUCUGAACGUAUGUGUGCCAGCGUGGGUCCGAAGACCAUAAACCCGCAUUUGGGUUGAACAGAUUAUAGCGUCAAUCACAAUUCUACACUCGUAAUACAUCUUAAAACCGCUGAAGGAGUGAAUCUGUCAAACUGGAUAUCCAUACACGGUUGUUAGAGAGAAAAACUGGAAAAAAGGUUUGAAGAAGUGAGAACUUACGUCUUUCCGGGCACUUGAGUCGGACUGCGUGGUCGAUUACUAAACAAAACUAACGAACAUGCACCGAAAUCUAUGACACAUAUAUAACUUCAAGAAGGCGGAACACAGGUGCCGCUUAGACGGCCUGAAACAGGCAACAAAAAACGAAUAAUAAAACCAAUUAAAGGAGGUUUAUAUAGUUAAGAUUUUUUCUUAAUGCUUCAAUCUGUUAUUCCUUAUAGAUGGGCGAGAGAAGCAAAACCAUACACAGACAAAAACGGAAAUAUAUGUAGUGCGUUCCGAAUGGUAGCGGAUCAACCGCUGAUUCUGAGUACAGAAGUCAGGCAAAUGGCGAAUACGGAAGAUGGAGAGAGUGGAGCAAGAUACAAUUUGCGCAAAUUAAGCGAGCUACCGUACCACUUAAUACGAUCUGAGAUGUGGAACGAAUUUGUUGAGGUAAGGAUUGAUUGAGAUUGAUGAGUUCUGUGCAAACGUUAGAGUGUUAUGUACCGGAUAUAUCAGUAAUAUGCAAAUAAGCUUUUUUUUAUUUUAAUUCAUUAAAGACAGCUAAAUUAUCAAAGAGAUUUUUUUCUGUGGAAUUCACCUAACAUAUUUUGAUCAAUUAUCAGAAGUAAAAAAUAUGUAUAAUGAUAAGAAAAUAAAGCGGAAAAAUUCUAGAGAGCUAUGUUUAGGGGCGUGUAAUUCAAAACGAUAAAAUUAUCGAUUAACAACUCUCCAAUCGGCGAAAAUUGUCCAGAGGUUUUUCAUGGGCAUGAUGUUUACAAAAAAAGUUUUUUUCUGAGAAUUUUUAACUGUUCAACAUUGGACACCACUGUUUUUUUUCGUGAAUGAAUUUCGAGAUCAAAGGCGGUAAUUUAAAAGCUUUCUUUUCUACAAUAGUUUUCUAUAUUAUUUUCAAAAGAACUACAUAAUUAUAAUACAUUUAUGAAUAUGAUUCCUGGUUUAACGGGAAAAAAAGGAAAGGAUCAUCUCAAAGCGAAAGACAAGAGAAAGUGAAUUGAACAAUACGCCAAAACUUUUUUUUUACUUCAAGAAACAGUUCUCAACAACCCAGGAAUUUUUACUAUUGAUGUCUGAUAAGAGCCAAUUAUUUAUCAUUUUGGGUUGGUUAUUCACGACAAACAAAGUGAAAACGGUGUUUAACAAUACGGCGUUUUUAGCCCUUUUAAAUUGGGUUAACUCUUAGCAUCGCUUUUUGUUUACAGCUUCAAAAAUGCUUACAGCCCAGACAAGAAACCAGUCAUUAAAAUAAACACCUUACAAAGGAGGCUCUCUGAGUUCCUUAAACUUCUGUCAAAGUCAGAAUUUGUUUAAAUAACCGGCUCUUAGUUUAUUCAUUUAUACCACCCACACUGUUAACAAUUUAAAGAAUUUGAAAGUAAAUCUGAAUAUCCCGGAAACUCUUCUUAAACUAUGAGCGUAAGAAAGUUCUCGAUGUCUCCUUAUUAUAAAGCUUUAGUGUACGAUUUUAGGAAUGGACAGCUGUCAGACUCACAAUUCACAAUUCCAGAUUUAAGCAUCGAAAAUAUUAAACACGUAAAUUCGUUUCUCUGUACUCCCGAAUUAACUCCUUAAUCUCUUUUUAAAUAUUGAAUUGGUUGCCUCUUGCCAGAUGAGCCUCCUAACCAUGCUAUAUUUCAUUUAGAUUAAAUUUGAUUUUGAUAUUUGUGGGCAUUAAUAGUGCCUGAAUAAUACUAGCCACUGAAUCUAAAAUAUGCUUGAAAAACAUGAUAUAGUAAUCAACGAUUUCAGUUUUAAAAUGAUUAAAAUGAACAUUUUACAUAUGCGCAUACUCAAUAAUUGACCAACAAAAUAAGGUGCCUUUCCAUACUUUAUUGUCUCUCUUUCCCACCGUCGACCAUACGCUCUUCUCCAAAACUGACAACUUGGUUCAUUUAUUCACGGACUUUUAGUGUACGAUUAAGCUUCUAACUGCCAGAAGGCACAUACAAGAUAUCUUUUGACGAACUCUUCUUGAAAAAACAUCUUUCUUUGGACGUAGACAUGUUCUUCCCCCCAAAAAACAAACAAACAAACAAAACAUUAAUGUAUGACUCAGACAGUUGAUGAGCCAGUGGUCAGGUAUUCCAAUACCACGACACACGUACUUUUGCUGAGGGAUUUAAACUGCUCAAAACGCUCAAAUGUAUUGCUAUAUAUUCAUCGCCAGUUCAUGCCGUCUCUUUAUAAACUAUCGCCCCGUGUAAGGGACCUCGAAUUCCGGAAUCCGGGAGAGUUUUGCUUGUGGAAACCGUAAUCCAAGAAAAUUUGGCGUUUGGAAUCCGGAAUCCUGGGCUUCGGAACUCGGAAUACAGCUUAAGGAAUCCGGAAUUCCACUAAAGAUACGGAAUCCGGGAUACAAUUUCCUCUGACGAAGACUGAAAUCCAGUACCUGAAAUCCGGAAUUCAGGGCACGAAAUCCAGAAUCCAAGACUGUCUUGGCUUUCUUUACGUGGGGCGAAAAUUUUAGCCAAGGUUUAUAUAAUUAUCUUUGUUUUGGCGCGUACACCUUGAUAAGGAAUUUUUAUCUUGUGAAUCCUUUGUACAUAGGCAGCACCAUUUCUUUAAAUGCAUGCCGGUAAUUCCUUUGUCUGUAAAAAUAUACGCAAGGAUUGAAAGCAGAGUUGGAGAGAGCGAGUAAACCAGACCAAAAGUGCCACAUGCUGUAGUGCCUUGGGAAGAUGACAGGAAUGGUGAUAAUAGGUACCCAACAAAGACAGAAUAGCCCUACAAUAAGCGCAACUGUCUUAGCGACCUGCUUCUCUCGUUCGCGCAAUUCACCGGAUAUUUUCAUAUGGCUUUGGUUGUCAUGUAACUGGCGAAUUUUAGACGACUUAAACCUGACUGUUGUGAAAGUUACAACCCCACUGAUGACGAUAGCGAGAAGGCAGGUUAUGGCUCCAAUUGUUCUAAUAUAAAGGGAAAACAAUCGCUCAAAGCGAGAAUAUAAUUCCAGAGCGGAAAAAACCAGAGAUGUCAUCCAUAUGAGGCCCAAGAAGGCUUUCAACUUUGAAGUACUCAUUCUCAGUUUGUGGGUAAUAGGGCUGCAUGUCGCCCAGCAACGAUCCAUGCUCAUUGCAGCCAAGAUUAGGACCGAAGCAGUGAUAGAACAACGUAAAAUGACCAUGGAAGUAACUCCUACAGUACUCACUGAACAGACUGGCGCCACAUCUUGGGAGAGCACCGAGAUCAUCAAUGGAAUUGAUAUUGCAGUUACUAGGAGAUCAGCCAGGGCCAGGUUUGCGAUAAGAACUCCACAAAUCGUUUGCAAGUUCGCAGCUCUUUUGAUAACUAGAAUCGUGAUCGCAUUGCCUAAAGAUCCCACAAAUGCUAUGAGACUGCAGAGAACUAUCGCAGCAGUUAUAUCGAUUGCUUUCGGUGAAAAAUCCUGGCAAUACAAAACGGCAGAUGUUUUGUUGGGAAUUGUCAUUUCAAACUUUUAAGAAUCACUUGUGUUUUUAGGAAAACGAACUCCGUUAAGCACGUUUUUUUGUUUUUCAAGAAAAUAAAUAAUAAAAGAGAAAAUUAGAUGUUAAGGUUUUCUUAAACUUGGGGCUUAAUGCACCUUGCAGUGUCGAGUCCUUGACGAGCACUACGCUAGUAAUUUGUCAGUCUUCCUGUUUUCGCUUUAAAACGGCGACAUUUUUUUAAAACCAGCGGGAGAAUUAUUAACACUUUCGGCUUGCCUCAAAACAAGUCACUCGGAUUAAAGAGUCAAGGUUAAAUAAGUUGUUGCUGAAAAUAAAUUCAGUGUUGUGCUUAUUGGUCUAUGAAACCUUUUCACUCACGUGGCUAGCAUCUAUGCAACUUCUAAUUCAGUUUAGUGGAGCAAAAGACAAGGCUUACAUAAGAGGAGAAUUCAACUCCGACAGGAUUAGUUUGGAACACCAAGACGGCCACCGUUUCAUUGUCUUGAAAGACCAAUAUGGCCCCUGGGACAUGAAAACGCGAGUGUAUGAUAUAUCCAUUCCUUAAUUAAAUAAAUAUAUGAAAAAAUAUUAGGCAGUUUGAUAAAAUUUCGCUAGUGUAGAAAAUUAUCUAACAAGAAUUUGAGCUGAAAAGAAAGUAGAAAAGAAAACGGAAAAGGAGAAAGAAGGAAAAAACAAACCAUGCAUACACGUCUACACUAAUGAAAGCCGAUUUUCUUCGCCCGAGGAGUUUCUUGCUCAUAAGCAAAACAUAUUAAGGGCAGAUAAUGUUGCUAGCUGAUGACUUAGAUCUCUUUCUAUAGAUUGUGUGCCAGAUUCCAUUCCUUAUCGCCAAGUGUAAAACUGGGAAAGCAUUUGAACUAACUUUGGAACUAUCUGAGGUAAGUAAUCAGGGCUCCAAAUCAAACCACUAUUGGAGACGAGCUAGGUUGCGCGUGGGCUUAGGGUGAAUGUCUUUGUUGAACUCAGGCGAUAUAACUGCGAUGUCCUCUUGUGGGAGGGGGUGGGGACGAAAAGAAAAGGGAAGAAAGAGAAGAGGGACCGAACCCGUUUUCGCUGCCCCAAAAAAAUACCAGUACCAUUUGAAGAAAAUUUUUCACCGACAUUUCCGUACAAAUGGUAAGCGCUCCAUUUAUACGUCAUAGAAACAAGUUAAUUAUAUUACAAUAUAAGUGAAAGCCCACAAACAGGUGGAUGGCACGGGAAAGAUCCAUUCGGAGCUUUACAGUUACGUGACUAAAAUCAUAUUUUAUUGUUGUUCAAAACAAUAAGGCUUCCUUAAAGUGCAGUAAAGACAAAGCAGACUUCAUUGAGGAUGUGUACAGCUGUAUUCGAGCCAACGCCCAUCAGUUAACCCAGUUUCCAGAGUUAGUGCCUCAACUUUGCCUGAAUGAACCGGAUAAAUCAUACUCGAACACUUUAGCACAAGUAAGUCAGUGUAAAAACAUGGCUGUUGAAGGAUAAAAAAAAACCCCAUUGCUGUAGAAAUUGAAAACCCAUCGAUGCGAGAUAAUUUGGUUAUGACAUCAGCGUACGCUUGCCUGCCCGUCCGUACAGACACUGGAGGUAGAGGAGGGGAGAUACCAGUUCAGAUGCAACCAGCAGAUUUAAUCUCCUAAAAAUCAGGCAUUUACUUUUGAAAAUGUAUGUUAGGCAGCAUAGGAAACGUUAAGUGUAUCGUAAAUUGCAUUUUUCUUCUUGUAACCAGAUGUCAAAAUAUUGAGACUCUCCGAUGAAAACUUGGCUUAUUCUACUUAUAAUAAACUCGCCGCCAGUCACACAUCUGUGAAAUACAUGUAUGACACCCACCCCUCCCUCCAUUGAAGGUUGUUAUUCUGAGUUUUGAGCAUCGUAGUGUACAAGGGGAGGUGAGGGAUAACAAACACAAUACCACUGAGAGGCCAUUAAAGCCCUAUUGAGGUACAUUGUCUCAAGUAUAUUUGAAAUUGGUGGUAACAGUUAAGUGACAAUGAGGUCAUUUUUUCUGUUUUUUUUUUUUUUUUUCAAAAAGGAAUAUCUGAAGACUAUCAACAAUUUAGGGGGUAAGAAAAACUACUUUUUAACCGAGAGUGAGGUCAUGAAAGGGAAAUCUCAGCCUCAGGCCAUUAUUAAUUGCUCCCGCUAUCGCUCGGUAAAUACAUCAAGAGCGAGGUCCAAANGUUGAUUCCAUUUUUCUCUGUUUUAAAGUUAUCACACAUUACUACAAUUAAAGAAAAAGACUACUUUUGAUUGACCAUAAUUAAGGGCACAUAAUUAGUUCUGAUCAAUUGUUUUCUAGGUAAAAAGAUCGCUCUUUGGCAAGACUUGACAAAGCUCAACGCCCAGAAAACCAACGUAGCUGCAUUUAAACAUCCAGCACCUGUAAGAAAAUGCGUUUUCUCCAAAGGAUGCAAGUACCUGGCUACAUAUGAUGCAGAUGGCGUGCUGCGCGUCUUUAUGGUAAGACUGAAAAUGACUCAUGAAGUUACCAAUCUUAGUAUUGUAACUAUGUUGUAGAUACUUGUUUGGAUUCUUUAACAAGUCUUGAAGCGUAUCAAAGCUGAUACAAUAUUUUGUAAACCUGCACAUUCAGUUUCAAAUGAAGAAAUUAAAAAUGAACUUAAUUCAAGGAUCACUGAAGUGUGGGCUUGGUGGCAUGGACAAAGUAAUAAGUAAACAACGGAAAUAAAUUAAUAGAACUUAAACAAAAGAUAAUAAAAGAAAAAAAAAAGAAAACAACCUGAAGGCGGGAAAAAAUAAAAUAGUAAAAAAAAUAAAAGUAAGUAAAAAAGGGAAAUCAACUAUGAGUUGAUACUUUUAUAUUUUCUCCCGAAAAGAUUUUGUCUUGAGACGUCACGAAAAUUCAGCUUAGGUGCUUACCAUAAUUAGCAUAAAAUCGUGCUCCCUAACACCGUAAACCACCCGGUUGGAAUCUUGUUCAUAAAAAUAAAACUAUAAAGUUUGAAGGGGUGGUCCUCUAAGAAGUAUAUCUGAAAAAUUGAUUCCCCUCAAAUAACAUUCCAUAUUUUCAAAAGCGCGAACCGUUUGAUUUUCUAUAAACGGAAUUUCCGUUUUUCCCGUGAAAAUUAUAGGUAGCCUAUGCUCGCCUAUUGCAAGGGACUUUUAAGUGCAUGCUUCAUGUACGUUCCAAAGAUCUUCCCUUCCUUACAAUGCAGUUGCAAGACCAUUUCGAACGAUAAAUGUUCUUUUUUAUUUGUUUUGUUUGUUUUGGUUUUGUGUGUGUGUUUUUUUAAUUUACGUUUUGUUUUAUGUUUUUUUUCUUAGGUCGCCAGUGGUUACACCGUUAUGUCAAAGCAAUGUGAAUGUAAAGUGAUAGCGUUUCCCCCCACUAUUGACCAAUGCCACUGGAUUGCAGUCGCCGGCACAAACUCUAUCGUUCGUUAUGGCCUUGGUUCUGGUGGAAAGUACGAAGGUUGGUAUAUUAUUCGAUGUGGUUAUAAUCCCAUUCGAAAUCGGUCAUUGACACGGACGAAAACUCCAUUACAUGUUGUAUGGCACACAACCCCUUUGGGUUUUAAAAUGGAAAAAACAAAAGUACCAUUUUAAAACGAUCUAAGUUAUUCAUUCUUUAAAACGACUUCGUUGUUGGCUGUCCAACAAGUGGCCAAUAUACUGGCUAUCCAUCGAGACACACUUUCGGAUUAUAUGACCGACCAACUUCCAAAAAGACCUUGGUGGGAUAAAAUGCAGUUAAAGAAUACAGUUUUAUAAAAUUUACCAUGCGUAAAGUUUUACUGAUUACUUAAAUUUCGUAGUUGAAGAACUCUUUGUGGAUUAUAUUUCUUUGAGCGUUCCCCACGGUUAAUUAAUCGCAUAAUUUGCAUGGCAUUUUACAGGGACUAUCUUGCAAGAAAUAAAAGUUGACUGCGAUAUCGACGACAGAGCAAGCAUUGUCAUCAUCAAGAAAGGAAAAGCUUGGGAGGUAACUAGAACCACUGGAAACAGUCUACGAUUCUCUUCUCUCCCUUUAACGUGAUCCCAUAGUGCGAGCUUCCCUAUCUCCCAAGUAAAUACGCCCUGGCAUAAUUUUAAGCAAUUACUAUAUAUUUUCUUUGUCUCGUGGCAUUCAUAGAGACCGUUGUUAAGUUAGUUUUACGUAGCCUAACAGAGUUUUUUUAAAGAAGGAAUUAGAUAUAAUUACAUAAGAAACCUUUGGCAACGACAGCAGCGAAGACAAGGAGACCGUCACUAGAAAAAAAAAACAAAAAACAACAACAACAACAACAACAACAAAAACAGCCACAGCAAGUCAGAACAAACAAACAAAAAUCAUGAUGAGGGACAAAAUGAACAGAAAUUUAUCGAACAAAGAACAGUUUAGAGCGUGCAUCACACUUCUUUGAUUUGGUUCAUUUCGUUGCCACCACUGUAUGACCAGGAAAGUUGAACAUAACUAGAUGUUACCUUUUCGGUACGUUGAAACAAUCCUUACGAAGUUUAAUAAAAGGAACUAACACGUUUUCAUUUUCAAGUGACAUUAUUUGCUGUCGCCGCCAUCGCAGCUGUCAUAGUUCCUUGAAAUAUUCACUUAUCAUGCUAAAAUCUUUUCAGAUUUUCCUGGCGACGUCACAUGGUAAAUUACGCUCUUACAGUACCUCACCCUCUUCUCGCGGCCAACCUGUCUACAAAGAAGAACUUCCAGUAAGCAAGUUAGCCUAUUAAUUAAACCAUUUCAAGGCUGUUGUGGUUUUUUUGGGUGGAAAAUGAUGUUGAUUUGGGAAGGAAAUAAUUUGGAGUAGGAACGGUUUACACAUAAACCAGUCAUAUAGUUCGCUAAUGGGCUCAGGUGCAGUUUGUUGUGGCGGUAGAUUUUCUGGUAUUUGUUUACUAAUUAUUGAGUUGAUUAAUUGUAAUUUUUAACAAAAUCCAAAUCCAACAUUUUCCAAUUUAAUUUUCCAAAAUUUAAAACAUCCUCUCCAUAAUUUUUAUUCAUUAAUUACAUUCGUAAUAAUAAUUCUCCAAAAAAUUAAUAAUUCAUUUCCAAAAACGAUUCAACCAUGUAAGGACUGCAACUUAAUUGAGUCAUUUUUUGAUUGAAUGAAAUUUGGCUACAUAUUUUAGUAAAUUAAUUAGGGCGGACACAAACGAUACACAAUGCUUUCAACGACGUGAGACUACCCCCUAAACAUAAUGGUGUGAAUCUGCCAGCAAACUCGUUUUGACUCCUUUCCUUCCUUUGCCGCUGACUGAACAAGGCAAGCAAACAAAUUCUUCUCUAAAAUUUACGGAUCAUUAUGGUAUGAUCGUUAUUUACUUUGUAUAUGAACGCUAAAACUUUAAUUCCUUUAAAUAUUUAUGUUUUUUUUUUCAUAUAGAGAAGACCCAAGGUUCUCACUUUUUCUCCAGAUGGGAAUUUACUCGCUUUCGGUUCAGACAAGCUGUACUUGUGGAACGUUAAAACUCAAAAGGUUUGCAAAGACUUUUUCAUCUUAUUUAUUUAUCCCGUGUUCAAUAUUAUCACUCUCGGGAACAGAAUUGAUGACAUAUUUCUUAUACUUGAAAGGCUGGCUGUCACAUGGGUGUCUCCACUGACCCGCGUUUAUUUACUUAUCUAUUUAUUUAUAGCUUCAGACGCUAACUUUAGUUCAUUAACUUCAAGGUCCGUUUCAAACGUCGUGUUACUGCCGUGCAGAACUAAAUUGAUCGAAUUAAAUUCGACUUUAGCACGGCAGUAGCGCGACGUUUGAAACCAAGUCGAGCUACUGCCGUGUAGCACGGCAAGCUUUGCUGUGCUGCGCGGCAGUAGCUCGACUUGGUUUCAAACGUCGCGCUGCUACCGUGCCGAACUCAAUUCAUACAUUAUAAAUACGUAAGAAUACAUUUAAAAGUUUGCUAAACCGUUUAUUUAUUUUUGUGUUUUGUUUUCGGCAACAGUCGUUCUAUUCGAUUGAAUUAAAUUUGACGUCUGAAGCCAAGUCGUGAUAGUGUCGUGCUUCAGUCGAGCUACGGAGCCAGCUUAGCACGGUAGUAGCACGACGUUUGAAACAGGCGAAGUAAUGAAUAGUAAUAAUGACAGUAUAGCCCUCUCAAAAUAAAAGGAAAAAAUGGACAAAAUUUGUAAUGCGAUCUCUUCGUGUAUUUCAACAUAAAAGUCAAUUUGUUCUGAUCAUCAUAUCGUCCUAUAUUUAACAAUUGUUCUACGAGUGCGCGUUGGAUAUGAGAUUGUAGAGAGCCAGCGAGGUGCGUAGCACCGAGUUGACUAUAAUCAUCUUAUAUCCAACAAGCUAGCACGAGUGGAAUAAUUGUUUUAUUAAAGAUGCCCACAAAAUAUCGAGAAUUCUUCCCGACAUUAUUUGUAAAAACAACGCGAUCAUCAGCUUGUUUUUAAUUUUUAGCAGACGCAUACAGUUACAUAUGUGGUGAGCAUGGCAUAAUGGCUCAUAUACCAUGAUAGCUAAGCUAAUCAGAGCUCAAUCAAUCGCAUAAUCCAAUAAUUCAUAAUGGUAAUUGAACUGAGUGGAGUGCAAUUUGGUGUGAAAUCAUACGCGUGAUUUCAAAAUCGAACGAGCGUGCAGCGCGAGUUCGAUUUGAAAUCACAAGUAUGAUUUCAGACCAAAAUUGCACGACACGAAGUUCAAUUAUCACCUUAUUACAUCCAUUUUGAAAUAACAGAAUUUAGUCAGUACUAAUAUUUUAUUGAUCGAGUAGCCGGUUCGUUAAAAAGCCGGAACAAAAAAGCUUUUACAUCUCAUUUUGUUUUCUAAACAGAAAUGAUGCGAUAUAUAUAGAACAAAAAUGGUGCGAUUCAAAACAGAAAUGAUGCGAUUUAGAACAUGAAUGACGCAAUUUGGAACAGAUGCUAUUUAGAGCAAAAAAUGAUGCGAUUUAGGAAUAAAUCACACUGCUGAAAGCCAAUCAGAUUGCACGGAUAGCCAGUGAUUUCAAAGUGGAUGUAAUAAAGUUUUUAAUAUUCCUGAUAUUGUUAGUGGUAAAUGGUUUUACGGCCUUUAGUAACCCCUCCUCUUUUUGUCUUAAGGAUGUCAAAGUGCUAGAAACCGACAAGAAGGUAGCUCCAAAGAUGGAUGGUGCGACCUUGAGCUUUUCAAGAACUGGGGCUAAAUUAGGAGCUGUUCUGACAAGUGGAACGUACAUUUGGAACUCACAGUCAGGUACUUCUUUUACUUCAGCGUUUUCUCGUUGCUAGGCCAACACCUCGUUUAACUCACGUUGUUUAUUCAUGAUUAUUAUUAUUUUCAUUGAUGAUGAUGAUGAUGAUGAUUAAUAUUGAUGUUCAUAUUUUUUUGAUUAACUUGAAAAUAUGUAAUCUUCAACGUUUUUUUUUAAAGGAAAACUCCUAAAGACACUUGCAAUGACUACGCUAGGUGUGGAGUUUGUUGUGUUUUCCCCAGAACUUGAUUACAUAGCAUCACCUGACCUCAAAGACAAAGAGGAUGUCAAGGUAUCAUCGCGAUGCGUCCUGAUUUUAUUCUUUACAGGCUGAGAAUAUAAAAUUACUGUUUUCGUAUCAUAAAAUUUGUAGAACUAGAAUAUUAAUAUAUCAGUUUGAGAGCACUGGCUUGUGACGAGAUAUUCCUUGGCGGAAGCAAAUCUGUUUGGCGUUGCAAAUAAUUUAUCAUCGACGCACCGACAAAUUCUCCAAAAUACCGUACUGAGUACGGUAUUUUGCGAAACGUGUUCCAGGGGCGGAUCCAGGUUUUUUUUAAGGAGGGGGUGCACUCGUCUCUUGCUCUACUUCAACACCAAUAAACCACAUAGUUUUCUUUUUGCAGAAUACCCGCUGUAUUAGAAAACCGCAGGUCAUCUCAGGGGAGGGGGGGGGGGAACGCACCCCCUGCACCCUCCCCCUAGAUCCACCCCUGAGUUCAAUAAUUGUUUUAUCAUUCAUUCGUUAUCUUGGGUGCUUUACGUUGAAGUUAAUAUUACCUAGGAAAUGCGAAACCUUCACUGUACCCUAAAGGCAGAAAGGCAGACUUGAUUUACAGCAAAAGAACUCUUGUCUCGAUUGCGCAGAAAGACCAUUGCACGAUGAAGACAGUUUUCUGCAGUGAUUUUAUGAUCUCUUAAUUAUUUUAACAAUUGGUGUGAUAUUAUCCAAAAUAUUUUCUUUGUUCUUUUGGCUUCUUUGUAAGAAGGUAGCUUUUCAAAUUUGGCGCUUUGGACCUUAAAAAGGUCCCAGCUGUGUCGCCGCAUUCUGGGUGAUGAAUCAAACCUGUUUUCAAGAAGAUUUCUUAUAAAGUUCCUCUAAGAUAUAAAAUGGAGCAAAACGUAGAACGAACAGAACAAAAUGCAUUGGCAGACACGGCUUUUUAGUGCCAAUUAACCCUCGGACGCACAAGGGGGUGGAUGCCCCCGCUCCCUCUCUCCGAACUUUUUCUGAGUUUUUUCCUGGACGAUCAAACAUUAGCACCUGACUUUCUCAAUAGCUGUUCACUUAUCCCUCUCGCGAAUUUUGAGACAAGUUUAGUGAUGAUUAUGAGAUAUGACGUCAUAAGUAGCAGGUGGUCGAGCCAUUUUUGAGUAAAAAUGCAUGUUUUUCAACUUCUUUCAACGAUAAAAGUAAAACUUGUGGCUAAAAUGAAGCAAGGUACUUAUUAACGUGUUAUUUUACAUGUCUAGGACAGAAAAUUACCACUUCUAUCAGUUUUUACGUGAUUUCUUAUUUGUAGUAAAAUCCAGCGUGGCGGCCGAAAUGCCGACCAUGUUUGGUGACGUCACAGGUCUCCAGCAGCGCCACCACUCAUAAAAUAUACCUCAUCUUGUAGAGAAGAUCAAAGGCUUUCCACUAAAGGUUAAAUCUUUUCGGAAUAUUGCAACAUAUAAAAAACUCUAGGGAGGGGUUUCAUUAACUCCCCCCUCCACACACACACACACGUGGUGGGGGGUAUGACUUUGCGUGUACGUCCGAGGAUUAAAGUUUGAUAUGUUAUUGAUUACUUUUUCAAGGUAUUCUGCAUGGCACCAAAGCCGUAUGAUAAACACCCUGAAUGGGAAACCCUAACAGCUCAUUCAGCUGCAGUUCGACAUUGUUGUAUUGGUAGCAGGGAAAGUGGUCAUCCUUUGAUUGCCACUGCAUCCGAUGACAGCUCCGUUCAACUAUGGGAUACCAGAAACAUGCCAUCACCCAAAGUCGUCAAAUUGCCGGUAAGUAAGGUCAAUAACAAUAGUGUAAGGAGUGUCUUUUUGAAACAGCAAUAUCUUCUUCAAGAUCGUCGUCCUCCGAUUUAAAAACUGUCCAUGUGUGGCUUACGCCCCUUUUCCUUUCAGAAGAUUUUUGUUGCUUCCUUACGUACACAUCCCAGUUCCUAACCGAACAACUUAGUUCUACGCUAGGUAAUUCUUUAUAUUUCCUGUGCGGUAGCUGUCUAUUUUGAGCAGUAUUGUUGCUAUUACGAAUAAUGCACAUGCAUGAAGAAAGGAUUUCUUUUUCAAUUUGAUUAUCCCAGUAUCAAUUAUAUAAUAAAAUAUAACGUUCCAGUACCUCUAAUGCAUUGCAAGUUGAUUAAGACACCAGCUUAAAAUGUUUUACCUCGAUCAUAUCAAGGGAUAAUUGUUUAUUGUUUUGUUUGGCAAAAAUUAUACAAAUCAAAUAAAAAUCUAAUUACCUUAACUCUCAUGGCGAGGAAGCCCAAGAGAAGCCACUGGGCUUAUAAGGAAUGGGUUCCCUCAGUAAUAAUAGUUUAAGGGUAUCUUCCCGUCAUCACUGAUAUGGGUAUAACAAAGGUACAGUAAAAGAAGUAUAGAGUAGCAUCUCUGGGGCAGUUUUUUCCAGUUAGAGGUGCAAAUCCAUUUUUCGAAUUGAUCUUAACAAAUGUCUGGUCCGUACCCCCAUUUCAGGUUAUUCCUUCACUUAGGAUCACGAUUAUGUUACACUGCUUCUCUACUUUCUUGUGGGUUCGCAGCCUUGCUUUUACCCUAAUUACUCCUUCAGACAUGAGUGUCAGUUUGCUUUUAAUUGCCCAGGAUCACGACGGUACAGUUCUAGCUUGUUCAUUCUCUAGCGAUGAUAAGUUAGCUGUGAGUUGCUCUGCGACUGAGACAUGGGUUUGGCAAGCCUUCUCACCUGUGCACAGACUACACCAACUCCAUCCAGCCUCGGGUGCCGGAGGUAGGACACUUAGACCCGGUAGAAAAUGACCAAAUGUUGUUUCACUGUUAACUAUUAACUUAUCAGUUCAAUUUAUCCAUUGCUCCUGUGUGAGUAAAAUAAAACCAAAAAAAAGUAGCCACUCUGGUCGAUUUUAUAUGGGAAAACCGACAAAAGAUGGACAGCUAACAUUAGAUAUAUUAAUCCUGCUAUAUCACAAUCUAGAGUGAGAUUCGAACAGACCUACGCGGAGGAAAGCAUUGAUUGAUUUUUACUUCUGAUUAAAAAAAAUAAAAAUUUGGUGCAAAGUUUUAAAAUCAGAAAAUGCAUUCUUAUUGCAAUUAUGACUUUCCCUGUUUUCGAUAAAGAAAGUUGUAUUUAUUAAUAAUUUGAAAAUGGAAUAAACGCAAGCCUUCUCCAAAUUAACUUGAGACAUGGUUAUCCAGAAGGAGAAAGUCCUCAAGCAUGCAGCAGGCUCCAUGUCAAGGUUCCGUCCUUUGUCUGACAGAAUAUAAUUGUUGUCUCACAAGGGAUACUUUUCUCAAAACCUAUACGAAUAAAUUAUUUGUUUCGUUCCUCAGAAAGCGGCUCUUAUCCUUGUUUCUCUGAAGAAAGUGACUUUGUAGCAGUGUUUGUGAAGACCGGUGUGGACGUUUGGCAUCUUAAGUCUGGAGUGGAUCGUCAUGGAUCUGAUGCAACCCUAAUUAUGGGAGCUCACAGGUAAAUAUUGUGAUCCAAUAAUAUCCAAUAAAGGACUUUGUAACUUUAAAUUAUUGUUAUGAUUAUCGUCAUCAUCACUAUCUUCAUCAUCAUCAUUAUUAUAAUAAUAAUUAUUAUUAUCAUUAUCAUAAAUUAUCAUUGUAAUUAACAUUUAAUUAUCAUUAUUCUCACAACUUGUUCAUACGAAAUAAUAGAGGUCACAGAGUGCAUUCGUUUCUUUCGUAUUUCCCACAAAACACCUUGUUUAGCACCUAAAAUAUCAAGCAAUGUCUUAAGCAACGUAGAAACAAAAUCAAAGGGGUGAACAAGCUGUAUUAUGGAAAGUCCUCGAGUGGAGAAUUAUUGAUUAAUAAUUGAGUUGUACUAAAAACUUAAUUUCUUGACAGAACUCUUACCUUCCUUUCCGUUCGCCACCUCUUCACCAAAUUCACAUCUGAUGGUCUCUAUUGCUGUUUGCUGACCGAAAGUGAACCUGGUACAGUCCGUUUGUACCUGGCAGUGAAUAAGUUCGCCCUAGAUGAGUGGGCGAAACACGAGCUAAAGGCCCCUCCACCAAGCGAUUUGAAUGAUCGUGAGGCUUUUGAGCAGAGAUUUUCAGUGGACGAAGGAAGAAAGGUAUAGUAUAGUUAUUUCUUUAAUUUGUUAUUUAAAAGAAAAGAAACUACGCACUACUCACCACGCAGAUAGAUACCUAACCAACAGCAGUGUGCACUACACCUGAAAGAACAGCACCUACUGUAAAUCUGAAAACUUCUCGAUAAUCACCUAACCCUUAGCUUUUCUUUGUACUCUGUAGUACCUAGGUGAUGAACUGCGCGUAGUACACCAAUCAGCUCUUUUUUUUAUAGCAUAAAAGGCUUCUAUACCAAUCCUAUUAAAGAGUAUAAAGGCAAGAAGGGAAAAGAGGACUAUAUGGCCAAAGUUCUCGGAACGAGGUCACUUCUCAGUUCAUAAUCCAUUAUUAUUUGACUGGUAAGGCGUGGCGAAGAGUAGAAAUGUCAAAUACUUAUUUAUUACCUUUAAGACGUGAGUAGGAACUUAAAUCCAAACAUAAGGGCCCCCCAAAAGCUCGCAGAAACACUAAUUAUUAGGGCUAAAAAUAUUUUUAUUUAUUCAGGUUUUUGGAGGUCAGUUAAAGUUAGGGUUUAUGGAAGCUUCGUGUAGUUUUUUUAAACAGAAUCCUAAUACAAGGCGCUGUUGAAAAUUGAGCAUAGCUAGCUAUCGAAAUAAAAGAUUUUAUGACCGAAAUGAGUUUUUUUCUUGUUCAGGUUACCGAGGCAGCCAUAUCAAAAACUUGCGGUAGAUUGGCGGUCAUAAGUGUACCACAGCAAAGCAUUGCUCAGGAAACUCUGAAAGGACCAGUGGAGAUACACGUAUGGGACAUGCACUCCAACACAAACUGGAAAGUGUUGUUAUCUUCACAACCAUCCAUCAGCAGACAACUCAUAGUUGGCUGUGAUUACCUUGUUUCAUUUGUCCAAACACGAAAAAACGUUUCUGACACUGACAACCUGACAAACGUUUUGCAGAGACGGAGCGCAAGAGGCCCUUAUUCGCGGCCUGACGAAGCUGUGUUUCAAAUUAUUGAUAAACGUGGAUCGACGCUUAAAUCUUUUCAAAUCCCAGGAAAGUUUUCUGGUCUGAGUGUUAAUGUUGCUGAAUCCACGCUUAAACGAAUCUCUGAAGAACUUGUUGCAUAUGAACUCCACGAGGGAGUGGUCACAGCCCAGAAUGUCAAAACUAACAUAGGGUUAAGCACGUUUACUGUCAAUAAUACCGAAAUUACAGCGGUAAAUUUCUCUUCGAAUGGCAAAUCAGCUGUUGUUGGUUGUGCUAACGGGAAUCUGCAUAUAAUUCAAAUGAUAUGA